AGAAAAUAAUGAUAAUAAUAAUAAUAAAAACUCGAACGUAUUGUUUGUAAACAAUCGAAGAAAGGGACGGUCGGGUCGGAACUUUACCUUGAAUUAAUUUUGCAAAUUUCCUGUGACAAAAUGGUGUGCGAAAAAUGCCAGAAGAAACUUGGGAAGGUCAUUACCCCAGACACAUGGAAAGAUGGUGCUCGUAACACAACUGAAGGAGGAGGACGAAAGAUCAACGAGAACAAGCUUCUCACAGGGAAAAAGAAUCGCUUCAACCCGUACACAGCCAAAUUUGUGGAGUGUAGGAUCUGUAGAACAAAAGUUCACCAAGCUGGAUCCAACUUCUGUCAAGGAUGUGCUUAUAAAAAGGGUAUUUGUGCAAUGUGUGGAAAGAAAAUCCUUGAUACAAAGAGCUACUGUCAGUCAUCUGCCUAAAAAAAAUAUAUAUUAUUAUGGAGAGAAGUUUUCCUAUCAUUAUAUAAUUCUGUUAUUACUUGUUUUAAGUAGUGUAACACCUUAGUUGUUUGUGAAGGUUUCUUAUAUCCGGGUCUUUUGUAAUGUGCUUUUUUCAGGACAUUUAUAUCUUUGAUAUAUUCUAACAGCAUUCAUUGGAAGUGGACUGUGAUUGAAAAGGAGCAUUUUAAAAUGUUGCUAGAUACCAAAGUCUUUGAAGGUUGUACUUUUAAGAGAUUUUUUUUUCAAAGAUCUGUUUGUGAGAAAUAAAUGAGACAAACUUUCAUUAUAUAAUAUUGUGUUUGGGGUGUCAGUAGCAUAUAUUCUGCAAAAUUGUCUCUAGGGUAUUAUCACUGCCUUUACUCUUCCAAAAGGCAAUCUUCAAAAUCUUACAAAAUGCUCAGUAAUUCCAUUAUUAAGAACAUUGUAAUCAGUAGAAUAUUAUUUAGGACUGAGGAAUGUUUUUCCUCUAACUGAAAGAAAAACAACUCGUUCCUGUCUUGAGUGAAUGGAAAAAAUAAAUUAUAUCACAUCACCCAUAUGAGGAAACAUUAAAAAUGUAACGGAUUCCAUUUUUAACUAAUAAAUAUUAUUGUGAAUGUUUU